AUCGUUUAAAUCAUCUAAUGAAAAAAACAUUAGAUGCAAAUCUUGAUGAUUCGUUAGACUUUCUGUUUGAUAAUGUGACUGUGAAUGUGCCAAGUCAUUCCUCUACUUCAGCAGAAAAUCAAGAAGUAUCAUCAAAUGAUUUUAGUAAUUCAUUUCAUGAUUGCAAUAUCAGUCAUGAUCUGCAUGAGGAUGUUGAUCUUGAUGUGAGUGUAAGGUGUAGUGACAACGAAUUAAGUGACAACGUAAUGAGUAGUGAUUAUGAAUGGGAUGAAUUAGUCGAUCAUGAAGAUUUUGCUGCUGUUAACGAUGAGAAUUAUGAAUCUGAUGCUGAUGCUGAUAAUGAAGAUGCUAGAUGUGAUGGUAAACAGAUUGAUGAAGUUCCAGAAGUUCAUGAAUUACGAAUCUGGGCUGUCGAGUCGAGAUGCCCUGCAAUACAUCUGGAUAAGUUAUUAAAAAUCUUGAAAAAAAGACUUAUCCCGCAAAUACCACAGUGUUCAAAAACUUUGUUGUUCACUUCAGCUGCGCAAUACAAAAUUAAUAAAAUGUUGGAUGCGGAUGGAUUGCAAGCAGAAUUUUCUUACUUAGGAGUUGAAAAAGGACUUCAAGCGUGCAUUAAUCCUGCAUUACAUGAAGAUAAAAUAAUUGAACUUGAUUUUAAUAUUGAUGGUGUGAAGAUAAAAAAAUCAAGCCCUAAAACUAUGUGGCCUAUUCUGUGUAAAGUGUAUUACAAGCCGUUACCAAAAAUUUAUAAGCCUUUUGCAGUAUCAGUGUUUUAUGGUAAUGGAAAACCUAAGAACAACUUUGAAUUUUUUAAACCUUUUGUGCGUGAGGUGAAUAAUCUUUUGCUGAAUGGAGUCUCUAUUAAAUCACAUCAAUUUAGAAUCGUCAUAAGAAGUUUGAUCUGUGAUACACCUGCAAGAUCACAAGUAAAAGGUACUAAGUCACACGCAAGUUUUAACGGUUGUGAAAGAUGUGAUGUGGUUGCUCAUAAAACUGAUGAUGUGACAGUGUAUACAGAAUAUGGACAAAAAAGAACGAAUGCAGAUUUCAGAGCUUUCAGUGACGUGGAUCAUCAUAAUGAAGCAUCUCCUCUACUUGCCAUUGUACCAGAAAUAAAUUUUAUUGAUCAGUUUAUUCUGGAUUCAAUGCAUUUAUUAUAUUUAGGUGCAAUGUUACGGUUAUUUGAGAACUGGAUGACUGGAGAUCUCAAUGUGAAACUAAGUGCUACACAAAAAAGUGAAUUGAACCGUCGCACAUCAAAGUUAAAAGAAGAUAUACCAAGAGAAUUUGCUAGAAAGAUGAGGUCAACCAAUUAUUAUGACAAAUACAAAGCUGUUGAACACAGAUUUUUUGUCUUGUAUUGCGGGCCAAUUGUUUUAAAGAAGCUUCUAAAUCAAGAUUUGUAUAAUCACUUCUUACUCUUUCAUGUGGCUUGUCGUAUGUUAUCAAGCAAGAGAGCAGUGUCUUUUAUUCGUUUAUCAAGAGACUAUUUAACAAAGUUUGUGGAAGAUGCGAAAGCAUUGUAUGGGCCAACAUUUGUUUCUUUAAAUAUUCACAAUCUAUCUCACCUAGCAGACGACGUGGAGAACAUGCAGUGUAAUUUAAAUGACAUUUCAGCUUUCCCUUAUGAAAGUGAAUUAGGUAAAAUAAAAAACAUUUUACUAUCUCCCAACAGGACAAUAGCUCAGUAUUGUCGACGUGUUCAUGAGGAGAGAGAAAUACUUGAUCAAGUGGCGUGCUUACCGAAAGAAGUAGUUAUUCUUAAAAAAUAUAAGGAAAAUAUUACAUGCUUGAAUUAUAAACAACAGUUUUUCAGUACAAAACAUCCAGACAAUUCAGCAUUACUGGAAAAUGGAGAUGUUGUACAAAUAGUGAAGAUGAUUUCAAAAGAGGACACAAUUUUUCUAACAGUUAAAAAGUAUAGAAUUAAAAAACCAGUGUAUACACAGCCAUGUGAGUCUUCCAUGCUGAAUAUAUGUGAAAUAGAAAGUGAGACUGCGCAUUCUAAUUUGAAAAUUGUACAACUUGAAAAAGUUUUAUGUAAAUUAGUCAAGAUGUCAGUGAAUUAUUCUCCAGAGGAUAGAGAACGGAGAUUUAUGGUACCACUGCUCCACUAAAGAACAUAUAACCUUUUCAACAAAUUCUAAAUAUGGGUUAUCUAUUUUCUGUACAGAAAAUGGAAACAAAAAGAUCGUUUUCCGCGAAAUUCAAACCAUGAAAAAUGGUCAAGAAAUAGAUAUGGGAUGACUAUCAAUGAUUUUCCAUUAGAACUUGUUGGACUUUGAAAGAAGAUUGACAUCUGUAAUCGGGACGAGAGAAAUUGUUUAUUGUAACAGUACGAUGGCCACUUCAUCAUUGGAGGAGCUUUACCCGUAUCAUGUUGUGGAGUUUAUUCAUCCUGGAAAGAAGCCUAAAGUACGCAAUGUGGAUGUUGUGGCAACAAAGUGGAUCAUUGUUGAUGACAAAAAGAAGAAACUUUUUGUCAAGUACCCACCACCACCGUACACAAGUACUACUCGCAAUGAGUUGGACGCAGCCUUGAAUCACUUAUCGGAUGCUCCAAGUUUAUGGCAAACUUAUACUAUUCACCUAAAAGGAAAAGCGAGAAAUCUAAAAGAAGCUUUCAUAAAAUUGAACUUGUUGAAGGAUGAAGAAACAGCUUAUACGAUGGAUUCGAAUGACAGUUGUGCAGAAGUUGAGAAGAAAGGUACAGAACUGUUACGCCAACAUAGACUACGAAAAGAAGCUUUUUCAUUUAUGUCUGCCUUGUCAGAGUCUCCUCCAUCCAGCCAAAUUAAUGAGAAAGGUCAACUCCAACAAUCUACAAGUAUGUUGGAAAUGCACAAAACACCUAUUUCAAAAAUCCUUAAGAGUAACCAUUCUCUUAAUAAAACUACACAGCCUUCUACAGGAAUUAGUAACAGUACAAGAAUUACAAACACUAAAGCUAAAGGCAAAGAAAAUCAUUCUGAUUCAUCUGAAUCACCAAAGGCUAUUCAAGAACAAAGAAAUCCUCGUACAUAUCAAAAUAAAGGAAUUCGCACUGGGAUUCCGUUGAUGAAUAAUGACACUUCUUCACCGAAUGAAACUGGAUCUGGUACUUCUGUAUCAAAAGUGAGUGCAUCAUCACCCGAGGCUCUGGUGGAUGAAAAUACUGUACCGAUACAAGAUUCAUUGGAAGACCUUCGUACAGAAAAUGUUGAUCUGCAUAGAGGAUCAAAGCAAUCGACUGAAACAAAUAUUGGCUCACCGAACAUUCCUGACAAUCUUCAACAAACUUCUGAUUCAGCCCAGAGAAACGUUAAAGUUAGACUUUAUCAAAUGCUACUAGAUCAAUUGAAAAAUAUAAGAAGUGAUAUUUCAGAUAUGAAGAACGAUGUUAAACAAAUGAAAAGUGACAUUGAAACUCUAAAAAAUGCUCUGAUAAAAAAUAAAAUAAUUGGUGCAAAAGAUUUUGUUGGAACUAUCCAGCAGCUCUGUAAUAAAUUUAAGUUCAAAAUACCGUUUGAAACUGUAGAAGAAUUUGAGGAUUUCAACAUUAAAUUGAAACAAGACGAAGCGUUACACGAAGCAGUGUCUACUGUGCUACAAACUGGUCUGGAUCCUACUUUAGUCAUGUCGAGAUCCAUUGUGAAUAUGUUAAAAUUAUUCUUAACAAAGACAGUAGCUGCUCAAUAUGUAGCCGUAAAAAUCAGAAAGGAUAAAAAAGUCAUGAAAAAUACCCCUUUUUUUCAGUGUAUUGAAGGCCUUAUCAAAGAACGACGUUUGAUAUACAACAUGGAUACACCAGAUAAAGACGUGAUAAGUGCUCUGAGCGCUGUUUUGAGCAAUUCUGGAAGCUGGUAUACAUCAAGAAAAUCUGAUACCUCGAGUACUUCGUCAAAGAGACCUAGACAAAAUUCUAGGAAAAAUAAAAUGCCAAAAGAGAAUGAAGAAAGUGACAGCUUGACUGAUUCCGAUCAUGAAUCACAUGAGACUGGUGGCGUCUUCUCAAAACAUCAAAAAUCUUAUGAGAAAGUAGAUGAUGAAAGCAGUGUAGCAUCACAAGAUUCCGAAAAUAACGACGAGCCAGCAUUCAAAAGGUCACGAUUCUCAUUUCCAUUAAACGUACCUAAUAAUACCUUGAAUGACGAUGGCCAGUCAUCGCCGAUAAUUGAAGUGGAUCCAAGUCUUUUACAAAAGAAAAAUCCACUAGUCGAUCUAGGAAUUGACCAUACUGAUCCUCUUUUUUCUACUGCUGGGAUAGACAUUUACAAAGAUUCACUUUACGAAGAUGAAUUUGAUGAAAAUUAUUUAUUUCAAAAGUAAAAUUUUGUACUACUGUUUAAAGGUUCAAAUUGAUAGUAUGGAUUUAUAAUUUCAUUGCUUUUGUAGUUUUAUAUAAUGUUUAUAAAAACUUACCUCUAGGCCACGUUUUGAUAAAUAAAGAAUCAUAAUAAUUUAUGUAAA